GCCAUAUUGAAUGUAAACUGUAACGAAAGGAAUAUUGAAGUUGGGAGUCAGACCUGUGCUGGAGUUUAUAAAACACCAAAAUCUUAAUCAAUGCGUGCCUAAUUGAAAAAGCGUUAUGUCUUCAUCCAGGCAGAGUAAAAGUUCCCAUGGAGGGAAGCCUUUUUCUGCCAAUAGAACUAGAUUGGACAGUGGCGUGAAGACCACAGCCGACGGUCAGAGAUACCCAGUGAUUACACAGAGAGGGUACUACUCGGAUAUCAUAGGAGCAAAUGCCAGUGAUGGCAGAUUGGGGAAUGUCCAGAGUGGACCCCUUACAGCGCAGGACACACUUUGGAAUGUGUCCAAGGAAAAACACACGCCACGAGUUACUACAUUUGAUGAAAAUCAGGAUGUGUUGAAGAAGUUACAGAAACAAGUUUAUGGGCCUAGCUCUGAAAUCACAACAAUAUCUGACUUUCCCAGGGAGGCCUCCGAGCCAAAAGUACAGCUACCUUUUUAUACAAAACCUGGAGAAUGCCCCAGGAAGAUUGAAAUCGAAAGACGAAGACGUCAGUAUGAUACGUUAGAGUUACAAACUCUGCUAGUCGAGGAGGGAAUCAAAACAGAACAGCUGAUGCCAAAAUCCCAGAACGGAUCUGUACAGUUGAACUCUGACCCUGAAGACCCCGCCCCUUUCCCGCCCUAUCUUCCUCUGGAUAUUUUUGAUAACGAGGAGUUCGACUGUCGUCUGCCAUCAGAAUGGAUCGCGAUGGGAGUGGAGAAUGGUGUAAGGAAGCCAGUGCCGGGAAUGGCACUCCUACCAACGGACGAUAAACACAAAGAUUUGGAUCCCCUCGACCCCAGUAUAGUGUAUGACUGGUUUGAAGUUGGAGUUCUGGAUUAUGAUGAUGAGAACAAACAUUACCUUGUACAAAAAGUCAAUGAUCAAGGCCGUAUCCUUGACAAUGCAGGAAAGCCUGUGGUCAAUGGAGGAAUACAGACUGAUGGAACUCGCUUAAGUUUGCUUCAACAAUAUAUGAUCCCCAGGGUUCGCCUGAUGUUUAAAGGGGAGGACCCGUGUGUGUUUGCGCGUCGUGUGAGUUCAGCCUUCCGACUGAGGAAGGAGACAGAAGCCAUGCUGAGGUACAAUCUCUAUAUUGACUGUAUGCCUAUGGAUGGUGUCGGAGAAUUAGACCAGGCCUCGCUCAAGAGGAUGAUCGACUGUGCCAAGAACUCGCCAGGACUUGGGAAAGACAAGGGACUGGAGGACUACGUACAAGUGCUAGAGAAGGAAGUCAACAUCGACUUCUGUCGGUCCAUGAACAGAAUCAUAUUUGACCAGACUGUUGAAGAUGAUCCUGUCACAUUUGCAUUCAUCACAAAACCUGAACCCAAUGUUCAGCCCGUCCCAGAGAAAGGUUGCUGUAUGGACAUCGAACCGUACGAGUAUGACGAUCAGUAUGAUCAGUUUGCCUUUAAGUCCUUGUUGACCCUCGUGGAGAGUAUCCAGGCGUGUGGUAAGGUUCGUACUGAGUGUAACAAGGUGGCCGUCAUGUCCUUGUUCCACAUCCCGACCACCAAACCCAUGAGACUCGAGGAGUUUGAGCAGACGCAGUCGCAGGCCACAUCACAGGUAUCACUGUUUUUGAAAGACAGCUGGAUCUCAACUCUGCGGAACGCCAUCAGAACGUCGCUACGUGAUGUUGGGAAGGGAUGGUUCAACAUCCACGAGACAAACUUUGAAGUCUACCAGAUCUCCAAACUGAAAGCUUUUAUGGAGAUGGUGAAGUUCAUCAUGCAGGACUCGAUGAGAUACCUUGUCCAAGAUUCUCUCGUCAAUUUCACACAGAUGGUGAUGGAUGCCUGUCACUCAACACUUAAACUGGAGGAUGACUUUGUGUGGGGCCCCGACUACGUCACCAGUACCUACAGACCCAAGAAGAAUGCCCUGUUUCUGGUCGAUCUGAUCCUCGACCCUCAAGGUGUCCACUACAGUACCAAUCUGAACAGCUUCGAGUCCAUGCUUAUAGGUCUGUUUGAUAAGGGAAUCCAGUCCACACAGAACAUACCACAGCUGGAGAAGUACAUUCUGGAGGACAUCUUCUGGUCCGGAACGCCUCUGUUAGAGUCGGUGGGAGAACACGAACCACCUGUCGAGGAACUGCGCAACAGCAUCAUCAACGCUAUCAACAAAGCCCUCAUCCCUCUCAAGGCCUACGCCCGCGAGUACGAGAAACAUCUGGAACUUAUGAACCUUGACAUCAACAAAUACAUCCAGGAGUAUGAAGCCACAGAGCACACCGCUCAGGAAGUCAAGAAUGAAGUGGAGAUGCAUUUGAAGGAGAAGGAGAUUAUCGAGGCGACCAUCCCAAGCAACAUCAUCAUCGGGCCGUUCUGGGUCAUCACAGACUCUGUCAAACAGAAUCUGUCAAAGAAACGAAAGAAUCUGAGCAAUGUUGUGUUGGAGUUAUUGGCGAGGCAGCUAAGGAAACAGGCUGAUGAUGCUUGUGAAGAGUUCAAGGCCAUUAGUAGGAAGCUGUACGACAAACCUAACUGUGUUGAGGAGCUGUCCGAGAUGAGGGAAUGGAUGAAAGGGAUCCCCGACAAACUCAAGGAGCAUCAGGAGUUGAUCGACAAAGCCAUGGACGAUUACGAACUGAUAGAGGAGUUCUACUACAACUUGUCUGCUGACGACUUCAAUGCCAAAUGGACUGCGAUUGGCUGGCCUCACAAGAUUGAGGUUCAGAUGGAGGCUACCUACCAACAGCUGGACGAGGAUGAGGAACGCUUCCGUAAACUCCAGACCUCAGACCAGGCCAAUUUCAAUGACCGCAUGGACACGCUACAGAUGGUAGUGGCUGGUAUGGCAGCACACACAGACAUCAGCAAAGCUCAUGAGAUAGCCAAUGAGGUGCGCCGUAUCAACAAGCAGUUGAAAGAAGCUCAGGGAUUGGCCUCCACCUACAACAACCGAGAGAGAUUAUUUGGCCUGCCUGUCACGAACUAUGAUAAGCUGGCACAACUUGUCAAGGAUUUUGAGCCGUUCAGAAAUCUCUGGCUCACCGUGUCUGACUGGCAACGCUGGCAGGAGAGUUGGAUGAACGACCCGCUGACAUCCAUCAAUGCCGAGGAUGUUGAGAAGAAUGUGAACGAAGCGUACAAAACUAUGCACAAGUCCGUCAGGAUAUUCAACGAGAUGCCAAGUGUACAAAAUGUGGCGUCAGAAAUCAAAGGAAAUGUGGAGGACUUCAAGCCGUACAUUCCACUGAUCCAGGGUCUCCGAAACCCUGGGAUGAGGAACCGACAUUGGGAACAGCUAUCCACAGAUCUAGGAUUCCCCGUCAGACCGAAGGCAAACCUGACAUUCAGUAAGUGUAUCGAGAUGAAUCUACAGGACCACAUCGGUACCAUCACCAAGGUGGCUGAAGUCGCAGGAAAGGAAUACUCCAUCGAACAGGCUUUAGACAAGAUGGAGAAGGAAUGGGAUCCGGUAAACUUUGAGAUUUUGUCGUACAAAGAGACCGGCACCUACAUCAUCCGAGCGUCGGAAGAUACCUCACAGCUGUUGGACGAUCACAUUGUCAUGACUCAGAGCAUGUCGUUCUCGCCCUACAAAAAGCCGUUUGAGGAUCGUAUCAGUAACUGGGAGAACAAACUCAAGACUACCCAGGACGUCUUGGAUGAGUGGCUGGUAUGUCAGAGAUCAUGGUUGUACUUGGAGCCGAUCUUCAGCUCAGAGGACAUUAACAGACAGCUCCCGGUGGAGAGCAAGCGAUACCAGACCAUGGAACGGAUCUGGAGGAAGUUGAUGAAGAACGCUCGUGAGAACCCUCAGGUUAUCUCCCUUUGUCCUGACAACCGUCUGCUGGACAAUCUGAGAGAAUGUAACAAGUUACUGGAACAGGUACAGAAGGGACUCAGCGAAUACCUGGAGACCAAGAGGAACGCCUUCCCACGGUUCUACUUCCUGUCUGACGACGAGCUUCUGGAAAUCCUCUCACAGACCAAAGAUCCGAAAGCUGUACAGCCCCAUCUCAGGAAGUGCUUUGAAAAUGUUGCUAAGCUCAAAUUUGAGGAUGAUUUGAAGAUCACCAAGAUGUUCUCUGGUGAGGGUGAGAGUGUUGACUUCAAGGAGACACUCUACCCGACAGGAAAUGUUGAGGACUGGAUGUUGGAGAUUGAACGCUGCAUGAGGGAAAGUCUUAGACUCAUCAUCAAGGAGUCACUAGAAGAUUACAAAGUUACACCAAGAACAGAAUGGGUACUGAAAUGGCCUGGUCAAGUUGUCAUUGCUGGCUGUCAAACAUACUGGACACAAGAGGUCACUGACGCCUUGGAGCAGAACAAGGUCAAGGAGACGUACGAACAUCUACUGAAACAGUUGGACGACUUGAGACUCCUGGUUAGGACUGACCUGCCCAAGAUUGGGCGACUCACUUUGUCUGCCCUCAUUGUCGUAGAAGUCCACGCCCGUGAUGUCGUCGCCAGGAUCGUACAAGAGGAGGUCAGCAAUGCCAACGCCUUCGAAUGGAUCAGUCAGAUCAGAUAUUACUGGUUGGAGGAUGAAAACCUGUACAUACGAGCUGUGAACGCUCAGUUCCCCUACGGAUACGAGUACCUCGGAAACACCUUCAGACUGGUCAUCACACCACUGACCGAUAGGUGUUAUCUGACCCUGACCGGAGCUCUCCAUCUCAAAUUUGGUGGAGCUCCGGCUGGACCCGCAGGAACAGGGAAGACCGAGACAACCAAGGAUUUGGCCAAGGCCAUGGCUGUCCAGUGUGUGGUGUUCAACUGUUCUGACCAGCUGGAUUUCAUGGCUAUGGGCAAGUUCUUCAAAGGCUUGGCCAGUGCCGGAGCUUGGGCGUGUUUUGACGAGUUCAACCGUAUCGAUAUUGAGGUGUUAUCUGUGGUUGCACAGCAAAUUACUACAAUACAAAAGGCCCAACAGCAACGGGUUGACCGCUUUAUCUUUGAGGGGGUAGAACUUUCCCUCAAACCUUCCUGCUCUGUCUUCAUCACAAUGAACCCUGGAUAUGCUGGUAGAACUGAGCUUCCUGACAACCUCAAGGCGUUGUUCCGUCCUGUAGCUAUGAUGGUACCGGACUAUGCCCUCAUUGCCGAGAUCAGUCUUUUCUCUUUUGGUUUCUCCGACGCCAGAGUUCUCUCCAAGAAGAUUGUGUCCACAUUCAAACUCUCAUCCGAACAGCUCAGUUCUCAGGACCAUUACGAUUUUGGUAUGCGAGCUGUCAAGUCUGUGAUUUCUGCGGCCGGUAACUUAAAACGACAGUAUGGCGAUAUGGACGAGGAACUCAUUGCAUUGAGAGCUAUCCGUGAUGUCAACGUUCCAAAAUUCUUGGUGGAAGAUUUGAAACUCUUCAACGGUAUCGUUUCCGAUCUGUUCCCCAAUAUCAAGGAACAGCCAAUUGAUUAUGGCUCUAUGGAUACCUCACUGAGAAAGACGUGUACCAAGAAUGGCCUCAAGGACGUUGAAGGUUUUAUCCAUAAGUGCAUCCAGCUGUUUGAGACAACAGUCGUACGUCACGGCCUUAUGUUGGUUGGGCCGACAGGAUCUGGAAAAACUAAGUGUUAUGAUGUGCUGAAGCAGGCGUGCUCAGCCCUCCAGGGAGAGGAAUCUCCGGCCGGAUUCCCAUUCCAGGUCGUCACGACCUUUGUCCUCAAUCCCAAGUCCAUCACUAUGGGUCAGUUGUACGGAGAGUUUGACCUCAUGACCCACGAAUGGACGGACGGAAUCUUGUCAUCACUGAUCCGUGGGGGCGCCUCGGCCACAGACAACAAGAAGAGAUGGUACGUGUUUGAUGGGCCUGUAGACGCGGUGUGGAUCGAGAACAUGAACACUGUCCUGGACGAUAAUAAGAAACUCUGCCUCAGUAGUGGAGAAAUCAUCAAACUGUCAGAGGACAUGACCAUGAUGUUUGAAGUCCAGGAUCUCGCAGUUGCCUCCCCUGCCACCGUCAGUCGAUGUGGUAUGGUUUACCUGGAGCCGAGUUACAUCGGACUGAAACCGUUUGUUGAGUGCUGGCUUAGACAACUGCCAGACGCUAUCUACCCCCACAAAGAGAAACUGGAAGAGCUGUUUGAAACCUACAUGGAGCCGGCCAUUAAGUUUGUGAGGAGAAACAUGAAGGAGAUUAUCCCGACUGUCGACUGUAACUUGGUGUUCAGUUUGCUGAAAAUGGUCGAGAGUUUCUUCACUCCAUUUGUGCCCCAGGAGCCUAGUCGGCGUCGAGUGGGUGACCCCGCCAUUCCUCAGGAGAGUCUCGACCGUCUCGGUGACCUGAUCGAGCCGUGGUUCUUCUUCAGUCUCGUCUGGUCCGUCGGCUGUACUGGUGAUAACGACAGUUGGGUGAAAUUCUCCACGUGGCUCCACGAAAACAUGGAUAAGAACGAGACCAAGAUGAUUUUCCCAAAAGAAGGGCUUGUGUACGACUAUUAUCUGGAUGAUGGAGGCCUCAGCAGCAGUAACAAGGGUGAUGAUCCUGAUGACGAUGAAACUGAAAAGAAAGUAGAGGUGACGUGGAGGAACUGGCUGUACGGACUGGGAGAGUUUUCCGUUCCACCAGACACCAAGUUCGCAGAUAUCAUUGUACCCACCAUUGAUACCAUCAGGAGUGCCGCUAUCAUCGAGAGACUGCUGCUGAACAGGAAAACGGUGAUGUGUGUUGGUCCGACCGGUACCGGUAAAACCUUGACCAUUGCGGACAAACUGACCACAAAGAUGCCCAAAGAGUAUGUCCCUGAAUUCAUGGUGUUCUCGGCCAAGACCAGUGCUAACCAGACACAAGAUAUGAUUGAUGGCAAACUGGACAAGAGGCGUAAGGGAGUGUUUGGACCUCCGUUAGGUAAAUACUUCAUCUUCUUCAUUGAUGAUCUCAACAUGCCUGCCCUGGAGACGUACGGUGCCCAGCCUCCGAUUGAGCUGAUUCGACAGUGGCUAGAUUUCAAUGGAUGGUAUGACAGAAAAGCUAUUGGCGAGUUCCGAAAACUUGUGGAUGUGAACUUCUGCUGCGCCAUGGGACCCCCGGGAGGUGGACGUAACCCAAUCUCAGCCCGUCUUGUUCGACACUUCAAUCUCCUGGCGUUCACAGAGAUGGAAGAUAUCAGUAAAAAGAAGAUCUUCACUGCCAUCCUCAAGUCGUGGAUUCCUAACUCCCUGAUGACACACUCGGACGCUCUAGUCGACACCUGUAUCAACAUGUACAAUGAGAUCAGCUCUCAGCUUCUGCCAACUCCUGCCAAGUCUCACUACACCUUUAACCUGCGUGACUUGUCCCGAGUGUUUCAGGGAAUGCUCAUGAUGGAGCCAGGCAAGAUUGAGGGCCUGAAUGACAUCCUCAAGCUGUGGUACCACGAGAGCUGUCGAGUCUUCCAGGAUCGUCUCGUCAAUGAUGAAGAUCGCAACUGGUUUGAUAAUCUGAUGAAGGAAAAAAUGAAAUCAGACUUUAGCCUCGAGUUUGACAAGGUGGUCGAUCAGCUGCCCAUCUUGUUUGGUGAUUUUCUUUCUCCUGGAGCCGGUGACAGCAAACCAUAUAUGGAAAUGAAGGAUCAUGAAAAGAUGGUGAAGGUUUUAGAGGAAAGUUUGGAGGAUUACAACCAGAUCACCACAGCUCAGAUGAAGCUUGUACUGUUUAUGGAUGCUGUGAAACAUGUCAGCCGCAUCAGUCGAAUUAUCCGACAGCCAAUGGGCAACGCACUCCUGCUGGGUAUGGGCGGCAGUGGUCGGCAGAGUUUGACAAGACUGGCCGCACACAUUGCCGACUUUGAAUGCUUCCAAAUAGAAUUGGCCAAAAACUAUGGUACAAAUGAAUGGAGGGAAGAUUUGAGGAAGGUGAUGAUGAAGGCUGGUUUGGAGAACAAACCUGUCGUGUUUUUAUUCUCUGAUACACAGAUCAAGAGCGAGUCGUUCCUUGAAGAUCUGAACAACAUCCUGAAUGCUGGAGAUGUGCCGAAUAUCUACGGCUUUGACGAACAGGACCAGAUCUACACGGCCAUGAAACCCAUUGUCCAGGAUCUACAACUCCAGCCAACCAAAACAAACCUGUUUGCCUGUUAUACCAAACGUGUCCGCAGUAACCUCCACACCGUUAUCACAAUGAGCCCCCUGGGAGAAGUCUUCCGAGCACGUCUGAGAAUGUUCCCAGCUCUGGUCAACUGUUGUACCAUCGACUGGUUCAGUGAAUGGCCAGCGGACGCCUUGCGGUCAGUAGCCAUGAGAUUCUUGACUGACAUUCCCGAGUUGGACACAACAGAUCAGGUUAUGGAAGGCUUGGUGAUUAUGUGUCAGGAGAUUCAGAUGAGCGUGACAACACACUCCGAACGAUUUUUGUCUGAACUCUCUCGUCACAACUAUGUCACUCCAACAAGCUAUCUGGAGCUUCUCAGCAUCUUCUCCAAACUUGUCGGCAUGAAGAAGACAGAACUCAGCACUGCACGGAAACGUCUGAAGACUGGUCUGGAUAAGCUGCUGACCACUGCGGAUGAGGUGGACAAACUGUCGUCUGAGCUGGCCACCAUGAAACCCCUCCUGGAAGAUGCAGUCAAGGAGUCCAUCCAAACUAUGGAGCAAAUCUCCAAAGAUACAGUUGUAGCUAAUGAGACGAUGGAGAUGGUGACCAAAGAGGAGGAACAAGCCACAACAAAAGCCAAGGAAACUCAAGCCAUCGCAGAUGACGCUCAACGGGACCUAAACGAGGCCCUUCCUGCUCUGGAAGCUGCUGUGGCGAGUUUGAAGUCUCUGAACAAGAACGACGUGGUUGAAGUGCGUGCCAUGUCCCGCCCACCAGAUGGUGUUAAGAUGGUGAUGGAGGCCGUGUGUAUUAUGAAAGCCAUAAAACCCAAGAAAGUCCCUGGUGAGAAGCCCGGUCAGAAGAUUGAUGACUACUGGGAGCCUGGAAAGGGUAUGUUGUCCGACCCUGGAAAGUUCCUGGAGGGUUUGUUCAAGUAUGACAAGGACAAUAUCGGCGACGACACCAUCAGAAAGAUUCAGUCGUACAUUGAUGAUGAAAACUUCACCCCGGCAGCCAUUGCAAAGGUCUCCAAAGCUUGUACCUCGCUCUGUAUGUGGGUAAGGGCCAUGCACAAGUACCACUUCGUAGCUCGCGGUGUGGCCCCGAAAAGAGAGAAGUUGAGAGUCGCUCAGGAAGAGUUGGCUCUUACACAGAAGAUCCUGGACGAAGCCAAGGCUCGUCUUCACGACGUUCAGGAAGGUAUCAGGACUCUGCAGGCCAAAUAUGAUGACUGUGUACGCAAGAAGGAAGAGCUGGAAAACAAGUGUACGGAAUGUGAGGGCCGACUCGGCAGGGCAGACAAGCUGAUUGGAGGGCUGGCCGAUGAGAAGGAGAGAUGGAAGGAGUCUGUCCUGAGGCUGGAGACAAUCAUCAACAACUAUGUUGGAGACGUUUUAGUGUCCGCUGGUUAUGUGGCAUAUCUCGGACCCUUUACGGGUGAGUACAGACAAAGUAUGGAGAAGGAAUGGGUGAGAAAGCUAGAUGAACUCAAAGUGCCAAGGACGGAAGAUCCUACGAUUGUCACUUGUCUCAGUGAUCCUGUGAAAAUCAGGAGCUGGCAGAUUGCCGGUCUGCCCAAGGAUAACUUGUCUGUGGAAAAUGGUGUCAUCGUCCAGUAUGCUCAGAGAUGGCCGCUGUUUAUCGACCCCCAGGGACAAGCCAACAGAUGGGUUAAAAACAUGGAAAAAGAUAAUACCCUGGAUGUAAUUAAGCUGUCUGAUAAAGACUUCCUACGUAGUUUGGAGAACGCCAUCAGAUUUGGUAAACCAUGUCUGCUGGAAAACAUCAGCACAGAGUUGGAUCCUGCCCUGGAACCUAUUCUACUAAAACAGGUCUUUAAACAACAAGGAAGCAUGGUGAUCAAGCUCGGAGAUGCUGUGAUUCCGUACCACGACGACUUUAAGUUUUACAUUACAACCAAACUCCCCAAUCCUCACUACACUCCAGAAGUGUCCACAAAGGUCACCCUGGUCAAUUUCACCCUGUCACCAAGUGGCCUUGAGGACCAGAUGUUGGGUAUCGUAGUGGCUGAAGAAAGACCAGAUUUGGAAGAGGCCAAGAACCAUUUGAUCAUCAGCAACGCUAAGAUGAAGCAAGAACUGAAGGAAAUCGAGGACAAAAUCCUCUUCAAACUGAGUACGUCUGAGGGUAGUCCUGUGGACGACGUCGACCUCAUCGCAACACUGGAGGCAUCUAAGAUCAAGUCACAGGAGAUCAAGGCGAAGGUGAUCGUAGCCGAGCAGACGGAGAAGGAUAUUGAUGUGACUAGAAGCCAGUACAUCCCCGUCGCCGUAAACACACAGAUCCUGUUCUUCUGUGUGGCAGACAUGGCCAACAUCGACCCCAUGUACCAAUACUCUCUCGAGUGGUUCAUCAAUAUCUUCCUCGGCGGCAUCACACACGCUGAAAGAGCAGACAAUCUUCCCCAGCGAGUGCAAAACAUCAACGAAUACUUCACUUUUAGUCUGUACAGUAACGUGUGUCGUUCUCUGUUUGAGAAACACAAACUCCUCUUCUCCUUCCUCCUGUGUACCAGGAUAAAGAUGAACAAAGGGCUCAUUAAUAUGGACGAGUGGCGUUUCAUGUUAGCUGGUGGGAUUAUCAAGCCUAAGGUAAUCGACAAUCCCGCCCCUGAGUGGAUAUCUCCAAGAUCGUGGAACGACAUUCUCACCACCGGAGUUCUCGAGAAAUACUCGUCGUUUGCAGAUGACUUCAAGAACAACGUUGAUGGCUUUAAGCGGAUAUUUGACAGUGGUGAUCCCCACAAGGAAGAUUUACCAGGGGAGUGGAAUGACAACUUGGACUCGUUCCAGAAGAUGAUUAUCCUGAAGUGUCUCCGGCCAGACAAGAUUACAAACGCCAUGCAGGAAUAUGUAGCUAAUAACCUCGGCCAAAGGUUUAUUGAACCACAGACAGCGGACCUUCAUCUUGUGUACAAAGAUUCGUCGCCAACAACGCCACUCAUCUUUGUCCUGUCUACUGGAACAGAUCCUGCGGCUGACUUAUACAAGUUUGCAGAAGAGAUGAGAUUUACUAAGAAACUCAGCGCUAUUUCUCUCGGACAGGGACAGGGUCCGAGAGCCGAGGCCAUGAUGAGAAGCGCCAUGGAAAGGGGAAAAUGGGUGUUCUUCCAGAAUUGUCACUUGGCGCCAAGUUGGAUGCCCACGCUGGAAAGACUCAUUGAACAGAUAGACCCAGAUAAGGUGCACCGAGACUUCCGUCUGUGGCUGACUAGUAUGCCCAGCGCCAUGUUCCCCGUCUACAUCCUACAGAAUGGAUCAAAGAUGACCGUAGAGCCGCCCCGAGGACUGAAGGCCAAUCUUCUCAAGUCAUACACCGGAUUCUCAGAUGACAUGCUCAACGCUUGUGGCGAUAAGACGCCGACGUUCAAAAUGUUACUGUUUUCACUGUGUGUCUAUCAUGGUGUUGUGAUUGAGCGUAGGAAAUUUGGAGCGCUCGGUUUCAAUAUUCCAUACGAGUUCACUGAUGGCGAUUUGCGUAUCUGUGUUAGCCAGCUGAAGAUGUUUUUAAUGGAGUAUUCUGAUAUCCCCUACAAGGUGCUGGUGUACACGGCGGGACAUAUCAACUACGGCGGUCGUGUUACAGACGACUGGGAUAGACGAUGCAUGAUGACAAUCCUUGGUGACUUUUAUCGACCCAUGGUCCUCGAAGACGGCCACAAAUACUCAGAAUCAGGGAUCUACUAUCAAAUCGACACAUCUAACGACCAUAAUGGAUAUAUGGCUUACAUCAAAAGUCUACCCAUCAAUGACAAUCCAGAGAUGUUCUCUCUCCACGACAACGCCAACAUCACAUUCGCUAACAACGAGACAGCAAACUUGUUGGCAGGACUGCUGAAACUACAGCCUAAAACAGCCAGUGGUGGCGGAAAGUCCCGGGAGGAGGUUAUGGAGGAGACGGCCAAGAGUAUUCAAGAAAAGGUGCCGAAGGUUGUCGAUAUCAACAUGGUGAUGGAAAAAUACCCCGUCAUAUACGAACAGUCGAUGAACACUGUAAUCAUUCAGGAAGUCAUCAGAUAUAACCGCCUCCUGAGUACGAUCCACACCAGUCUAGGGGACAUGCUAAAAGCCUUGAAGGGUCUGGUCGUUAUGUCUCAGGCCCUCGAGGAGAUGGCCAACAGUCUUUACAACAACAUGGUGCCCACUAUGUGGUCAAGCAAGGCCUACCCGUCUCUGAAGCCUCUGGCAGCCUGGGUGAUCGAUCUCCAGACUAGAAUGGUAUUCAUCAACAACUGGAUCGAACAAGGAAUGCCCAAAGUUUAUUGGAUUUCCGGAUUUUUCUUCCCACAAGCUUUCCUUACUGGAACUCUUCAGAACUACGCCAGGAAAAGUAUCACCUCGAUUGAUAUCAUUUCCUUCGAAUUCCAGGUGAUGCGAGAGACUGUUGAUGAACUGAAGGGAAGUCCUGAGGAUGGUUGUUACAUUCGAGGACUUUACCUAGAGGGCGCCCGAUGGGAUAAUACCCUCCACCAGCUUGGCGAGUCUCGACCCAAAGAACUCUUUACAGAGGUUCCCAUUAUCUGGCUCAAACCUAUCACCGAACGCAAAGCAAAAGAAAGUGGUUUUUACGAUUGCCCAGUCUACAAAACUCUGACCAGGGCUGGUACUUUGUCCACUACAGGCCAUUCCACUAACUUUGUGUUUUCGGUCGAGAUGCCAACAGACAAAUCACAGAACCACUGGAUCAAGCGGGGUGUGGCCAUGUUGUGUGCACUCAACUACUGAUUAUCUCCCUUGGAUUAUCUCCCCUUGAAAAGGGAAAAUACUGUGAAAAUUGAUUUAAAAAUUGUGAUAUUUAUUUAUUUCUACAUACAAGAAGAUGAAAAUGAAAAACUGUGAAUAAAAUCUACAAAUACAAGCAAUGAUAUUCCACUGACUUCUGCAAAGCAGAAAAAUAACAAUUCCAACAGGAUGUGUUUGGUGUAUAUAUAUAUAUGUACUUUAAUUUCAUUCCUUGUGUUAAAAGAACUGUGAUAUAUAAUAUAGUGAUGUGAUUUACAUGUAUAUAUACAUAUGUUCAGUCUUAAAGCAGACUCGAAUGCCAAAUAUUAUUUUGCUAAUUUUAUUAAUUUCUACCCAAAUGUAUUUUGAUGCACAUCACUCCUUUAUCUAAACUAUAUAGACAAUGCCUACCAGUGUUAUGUGAUAUUUAUGGUCUAAAUGAGUUUAAUUUUACUCCAAAAUAAAACAGUAUUAGUUUGAGUGACACCAGUUAUCAUUUACUUUCCAGAGUAAACAAUUAUUUUUGUAUUGGGUUUUUUUGUGUAGGAGAUAAGAAGUGUAAAACUUUAUCAAUACAUUAACAAAUUGCAGAAUUAGAGUAUACAAACGUGCUAUUGAUUAUAAACAUCCGUACAGUUUUGAGAGGUUUUGUAGGGACUUCUAAGAACCAUCUGCCACCCCGGCCUGUGAAAUCUUACCUGAUCAUUGAUUUAGAAUGUACAUAAUCCCAUGUUACUUUGGGUCACAGCUUUUCCACCUAAAUCAAUAUAGAUAAUAAGAAAAUUUAUAAAUGAUGCAAAAGGGAAUUUCUUGUCAUCAGAAUCAUCAAUAUUUUCUAGUUUGCAUCAGAAAUCACAGCGUGGAAUAAAUAUGAUGAAAUAGGCAGUAUUGUACAUGUAUAUUUAUAUCUAUAUUAUCAUAACUCUUCAGAAAACCAAACAAACUGAACUUUUCAGAAAAAAAAAAAACAAGAAACUUUUGACUUUCAGAAAACCAAAAAAAGCUUCACUUUUCAGAAAACCAAACAAAAACUUAUCUCUUCAGAAAACCAAACAAAAACAACUCUUCAGAAAAAAAAAAAAAAAAAAUGUUUCACUCUUCAAAAAACCAAAACCGAUCUUUAUUUCAUUCUUUACAUUCCAAUAUGUCUCCAAUAUAUUUUUAAAACAUCAUCAUUUAUGUUUCAUCCUUCUUUUGUUUAAAAACUUUAAUGUAUAUUAUAAAUUUUGGGAUUUCGAGCUGUUCCGUUUGUUCUGAUAUUCGAUACAUUCCAUCCAAUACCCUCACACUUUACUGAUAGCAAUGAUGAAGUCACAGGAAAAUAUUUUGUUGAAAUUAAAGUCCUUCCAAAUAAAAUUAGAGGUGCAAAUCCGUCCACAUUUUUAUUUUUAAUGAAAUGUUUCAAGUAGAUCUACAUAGUAUUUAUUAUUGUU